AACCCCAUUUUUCACUGCAGAGUCUCUUUGCUAUUUGCAAUCUAAAAUAUCAGACCACAGACAGUUGCUUCAGACAGUUUUCCCUGAUUAUAAGUUGCGUCCCAAGCACCAUUUCAUCGAGCACUAUCCCUAUUUGAUACAGAAGUUUGGACCUCUGAUUGAUUGUUGGACAAUUAGAUUCGAGGCCAAACAUUCUUUUUUUAAGAGAGUUGUUCGUGAUGCCAACAACUUUAAAAAUGUCUUACUUACCCUGGCAUCAAGGCAUCAACUCAUGCUGGCAUAUUUUUUUUGAAAUGCCAAGUAUCUUUAAACCUGAAAUCGAGACCGGGAAGGUAUCUGAUGUGUGUUUGAACAUUUUGGACAGUGGUGUCAGACAGGCAAUCCUGAGUAAGGUUAGUGAUGCUGCUACUGUGGGACUGACCCCCAGCGUCUUCCUAAAUGGAAUCAAGUAUUCCAAAGGAAUGAUCCUCUCGUUUGGAAAUACAAGUGGACUUCCAGACUUUGGCAGAAUUUUGGAAAUAUGUGUUGUGCAUAGUAGUCAGAUUUAUUUCAUCACUGAACUUUUUUCGACGUACUAUGUGGAGCAUCUUCGGAGUUACCAAAUUGUGGAGAAAAUCUCUUUUGAACAUCAGCUGGUGAAAUUGGAGGAUCUCAAUGACUUCAUGCCACUUGUGUCAUACGUCGUUCAGGGCCGCAUGUUAGUCACUCCCAGGACAUUUUUGCUGAAUUGAAGCUUCUGUAGGUAGACGUGAUGCUGCUGAGAGUCAUCAUCUCAGAAAAAGAAAUCAGGCGCCUCUCAAUUGAGACUGUACCUCCAAGUAUCAACGGGCUGUAUGAAAUUCUACAAACAACCCUUGGCCUGAGAAGGGGGUUUGUUCUUCAGUUCGCUGACCCGGAAUUUGACAAUGAAUUAUGUAAUUUGACGGACAUUGGGGAUCUUCCCAAGGAGCGGGCCACUUUGAAAGUUAUGUUUACAGAUGACCCAGUCCCACCUGAUUGUACUCUGGAGGUAUACAGCCAGCCAUCAGUGAGCAGUCAGCCGUCUGUGAGCAGGAGUCAAGGUUGGCCUGACCCUUUCCCUAUUCCCCUAUUUCCACAUGAUAUAGAACUCCAGUUGGCUGAGGGAAAUCGUCGUUACAUAAGAGAUGGAUCUCUGAUGACUGUGCUCAAAGGGUUUAAAAGUGUAAUUUUAGAAAUUCUAGCUGACAAUAUGUCCAAAAUUACAGCGUAUCCUGAAAAGAGGCACUACGAAAUGGUUGCCAAGGCCCUUACAGAGAAACACCCAUGCCUGAAGCAAGUAGGACAAGAGAAAGGAUGGUUUGCCUGGUUCUAUAGUUUAAGAUUCAAAUUUGGCAACUAUCGGCAUAAAUUGGCUGAAGCAGGAUGCCCAGAAGUGAUCGUUAACAAAAGAAAAGGAAGUGGUGAAAAAGGGAAGCGUCUAAAGAAAUCGAAGAAGGGGGAAAUAAACUACUUACCUGAUCCAUCUGAAGGCGAUUUAACUGAAAACGGAGAAGAGGAAAGAAAUGCAAUUGUGACGGAAAUACAAAAAAGGGAACCCGACUGGAAUAUUCUUGAUGACUUGAUGGACAGAACCUUCUCUGUCCGUCGACAGGAAGUAGUUGGAGACCAGCCACUUAUAGCAGAUGUCCAAAACAGAUGGCCAGCACUGUUUACCCAGAGACAGGUCAUGGCUGAGUUCAAGAGAAUCGUCACAAAAAACCUCCUUGAAUCUUACCUGGAUGGGCUCGAUGGCCUGGUUCAGCCACUUCUUGAUGCGUACAAAGUUGCAUCUGGAAAAAAACAGGCACUCAGAGACAUUUUGGACAGCCUUGAAAAAGAAGACUCGAACAUGAGGAUGAGGACUGCAGCCAUACUGGGACUGCCACACUACAUCUCUGAAGAGCCGUGUAAUAUCUUCAGGAUGUGUGAUGUACAUCACGGUACAAUGGCGGCUGCCAUGCAGGGGAUGGACGUCGGCCUGCUUAUUGGAUAUGAAGGUGCUCAUCAGAAUGGAUUCCCUUUGAACAUCUUUAACGUGGCUAUUGUCGUGGAGGAAACACCGGUCAUGCACAAUUUUGAUGAUGUGCCAUCUGCCAUGGCCAUGCUGAUGGGUGUCAUAUAUUGUGUGAACUUAGAAUACCCGAAAGCUAUGAAGUAUUCUUUUGAAUUCAUGCAGAGGGUCAUCCUCAACAUCCAUCCAGAGGAGGCUUCUCCGAAGGUUAAUGGUCUAAGAAACAAGCUUCUCAGGAACACUAUAUAAAGUAUGUGCACCUCAUUUUAAAACGAUGCUAUGUACACCAUAGCUAUACACUCUGUUUUAUUAUUUUAUAUGGAAACGCUGGUUUUGCUAUAGAGGAUCGCUGAGGGGAAGGUUGCUUUUAUCUGUUUUGUAAACUUGCCCAGUACAGGGUUAUUGUUAAGGUUAGAGUUUGGACACUUGUUGCCAUCAGCGGUCAUAAUAACCCUAAAUCUGAGGAUUCGUUCAUUCGAGGACAAAGUUUAGUCUGCUUUAGUGUGGUAGGUUGGGUUGGUCUGCACACACACGUUACAAACUGUUACCAUUACUUGUUUUUACUACUAGUGUCCAGGUCAGAGGCUGUCAAGGUGACGUUUAUGCAUUUCCUGGUCAGCAGAGAGGAGCAGAUCUACACUGCCAGCUGACCUUUGAACCAGUCUUUCCUCUCUCUGUUUGUCUCUCUCACACACGCACGCUCGCACACACACACACUCACUCACUCACUCAC